UUGUUUCUUUGAUAUUCUCAGGAAGUCUGAAAGAUUUUAUUGAAAGCGGUGAUAAUCACCAGUUGAGAUCGAAUAUCGGGGACGACAGCGUGCUUCGACAUGUCGGAGAAUCUCGAGUUCGAUGAUAUCUCCCAGGAAUUCAUGGGUGCUAUGAUGCCCGGGAAACUGAAGUUUACGAACAACGAAAUCAUAUUCAAGCAAGGAAAGACCGGGAACGUGGAAACAAUCGCGUCUGACCAAAUUGAUCUCCUGAAUUGGCAACGUCUCGCCGGCAAGUGGGGCUUACGUGUAUUCACUAAAGACGGUGUUCUUCAUCGCUUCGGACCUUUUCGCGAAGCCUUACGUGAGAAGCUGUCGAAAUUUUUUUCGAAUUCCUUCGAAUUACCUUGUGAAGAGCGUGACUUGUGUAUCAAGGGAUGGAAUUGGGGCACAGCUCGGUUCAAAGGCAAGGUUUUGACCUUUGACAUUGCUGGAAACCCUGCGUUCGAGUUGCCAUUGAAUCAAGUUUCGAAUUGCACCACUGGCAAAAACGAAGUCAUCAUGGAGUUUCAUCAGAGUGACGUAGCCCCCGUUUCGAUGAUGGAGCUUCGAUUCCACAUUCCGACAUCAGGAGACGUCGUUUCCGGAUCAGAGGACGCCGUGGAGGCCUUCCAAGAGCAAGUGAUGAGCCAAGCGUCGGUGAUAUCUGCCACGGGCGACGCGAUGGCGUCCUUCAAGGAAAUUCAGUGUCUCACUCCUCGUGGUCGUUACGAAUUCAAGAUCUAUCAGAAGUUUGUGCACCUUCACGGCAAAACUUUCGAUUACAAAAUCCCGAUGACGACUGUGCUUCGCUUGUUCCUCUUGCCGCACAACGACAAUCGUCAGAUAUUCUUCGUGAUGAACCUGGACCCGCCGAUCAAGCAAGGUAUGACCCGAUACCCAUUCCUCAUCCUGCUCUUCAACAAAGAAGACGAAACGACGUUGGAAUUGCCGCAGUCGGAGAAAGAACUCGAGUCGAAAUUUGGCGGGAAAUUGGAAAAGGAAAUGACUGGGCCCACGUACGAGAUCCUGUCGAGGCUCAUGCGAGUUUUGGUUGGGAGGAAAAUCACUUCCCCGGGGUCGUUUCGGGGUAAAAACAAGAGUGUGUGUGUGCCUUGUACUUACAAGGCCUCGGCGGGUUACGUUUACCCCCUGGAACGAAGUUUCUUGUACAUUUACAAGCCGCAAGUGAUUUAUGUCAAGUUUGAAGAGGUUCUUAGUGUCAAUUUUGCCCGGUCUGGCGGAAGUACCAGGUCUUUCGAUAUAGAAGUGGAGAUGAAGGGUGGACCAUUGCAUACGUUUAGCAGUAUUGCCAAGGACGAACAAGGCAAUUUGUACGACUACAUCUCACAGAAGAAGCUCAAGAUCAAGUCCAAAGGCAAAGGAGACGACGGCCCGUUGGACGACGACAAGGGCCACGCUGGCCACGACGCCUAUUUGGAACGCGUGAAAGCCGAGGCCGAGGAAGACGACGACGACGACGGCGACGAAGAGUCCGAGGAUGAGGACUUCAAAUUGCCAGCGGAAGAAGGUUCUGACGUGGAUCUCGAGUACGACUCUAACGCGUCGAGCACGCCGUCGGAGGACGAGGAUGACGACGGCGCCGGUGGCGGCGGCGGCGGCGGUUCCGGUGACGAUUCCGCCAAGAAGUCCUCGAAAAAGAAGAAGAAGAAGGAAAAGGAGAAGAAGAAGGAGUCGAAGCCGAGGAAGGAGCGGACGAGCAAGAAGAAGCAGAAGCGGGAGGAUGACGGACGCCCGAAACGACCGCCGACGGCGUAUUUCUUGUGGCUGAAUGAAAAUCGCGAGAAGAUCAAGUCGAAAAAUCCCGGAAUCAGCGUGACGGAGUUGACCAAAAAGGCUGGAGAAAUGUGGCGUGAAAUGGGUCCGUCGGACAAGAAGGAGCACGAAGCUAAGCAAGAGGAGCUGAAGAAGAAGUACGACGCCGAGAUGAGCGAGUGGAAGGCGUCGGGGAAAGCGGCAGCCGCCUCUGCAGCCGCCAAGGCGACCAAGUCGCCGACCAAAGAGAAGCAGGCGCGGAAAACCGAGUCGAGUCCGAGGAAAUCCGCGACCGCUGCCUCUGCUUCCGGUGGAUCCGGUUCCGGUUUCAAGAGCAAGGAAUACAUCGAGUCGGACGAUUCUUCGUCUGACGACGAUUCUCCCAAGAAAGGAAAGAAGUCCAAGAAGAGUGAGAACGAAGAUUCUGGCUCCGCAUCGUCAGACUCUGGUGGCGACAGUGACUGAAAUUCCUUUUGAAAACCACACUUUUUUUUUUUGUAAAGCCCACUUGUAAUUUUUUCGGUUGGGAGGAAAAAAAAUGUCAAAUGCGAAUUUUUCUCCAGCAAAAA